GCCCAGGGCCUCCUCCCACUGCACUCCCUGCCACCCGUCCGCCAUGUCUGCCGCCAGCCUCGUGGGGGUGAGGCCGGGCCUGUUGGCGCAGGCGCUGCUGCAGCGGUGGCGGGCUCUCCACGUCUCGUCGGCGCGCCUCCGCGGGGCCAGGGUAGCCGUGGUCCUGUCUGGAUGUGGCGUUUACGAUGGUACAGAAAUACACGAAGCCUCUGCCAUAUUAGUCCAUCUGAGCCGUGGAGGAGCUGAUGUUCAGAUAUAUGCCCCAAAUAUUUCUCAGAUGCAUGUUAUUGACCAUAGCAAAGGGCAACCAACUGAAGGGGAAUCAAGAAAUGUCUUGGCAGAAUCAGCAAGGAUCGCUCGUGGUAAAAUCACAGACUUGGCCAAACUUGCUGCAGAUGAUCAUGAUGCUGUGAUAUUUCCUGGAGGAUUUGGAGCUGCUAAAAACCUGUCUACCUUUGCUGUUGAUGGAAAAGAUUGUAAAGUGAACAGAGAUGUUGAACGUGUGUUAAAGGAUUUCCACAAAGCUGGGAAGCCCAUUGGUUUGUGUUGCAUUUCACCUGUCUUGGCUGCCAAGGUUCUUCCAGGUACCGAAGUCACUGUAGGACAUGAAGAAGAGCAAGGGGGUAAAUGGCCUUAUGCUGGAACUGCCGGGGCCAUUAAAGCACUGGGAGGAAAACACCAUGUUAAAGAAGUAACAGAAGCCCAUGUGGACACGAAGCACAAGGUGGUAACGACCCCAGCCUUUAUGUGUGAAACUGACUUACAUCACAUUUUUGAUGGCAUUGGGGCUAUGGUAAAAACCAUCUUGAAGCUGACAGGCAAAUGACAUGGACGUCCUUAGUAGCAAUAAUAAUGACCUUUUGGAAGAUUGCAAUCCUUACCACAUUCACAUGACAUGAUAUCACAUCUUGCUGCACUCUGGAUUGGAUUGGACUGGCUUGUUUAAUUUCCAGUAAUGGAAGCACUACGGCUUGUUGAGUUAUGCUGCCCUUUUUUCUUAUAAAUCAUUCUGAUUCCUCGUUAGUACAGCGAUCAAGUUGAAAAAAGCUUGAAAAAGUUCUGAUCAUUUAUCAUGUUUUUACCAAGAUUUCUAUUGUAAGAUUGAGCAACUAUGUGGUCCUAAUAUUAUCAGUGUGGCAAUUAUAACAAUGAUAUACCCAGAUUAGUGACCUGAUUGCUUUUGACCUUUGAGUUUUGAUUACCAUUGUGUUGUGCUCGCCAGUAAAUUGGGUUGGGAUUGAAAAAUUGCGGAAUUAUUAAUCUCUAUCUUGGCUGUGAAAUAUUUAAACAACCACAACAUUUUUACCUGACAAAUUCCAGUAUUGAACAUUAAAACAGGCACGGCAUUAGACAAGAUAUGUUGCAAAAUCUGUGGAUAAUAAUAGCAGCUCUCAGAAGAAAUAGCUCUAGAAUAAAGUAUUUAAUUCCUGACAA